GGGUUGGUCCUGGUUUGGUCCACCUGCCAGCGGAGUUUAAAGUUUCCGAGGCUCAGAGGAACACAAUGACUUGGAUCAAACAGACUAAAUGGGAAGAAGGACAUUUUUGCUGCAUCAAGGAAGCCGUUAAACUCCUGCUAAGCUAACUAGCUCUUUUUUAUGGGUCCAUGCACACGACCGAACUCCUCUUUCACUGACCACAGAUUAUUUCUGACAAUCCAGGAUAUCCCGAAAGCUUGGAGGCAUAUGGCUGGAAAAUGAAACGACCCAGGACAUCGUUUCUGGCUGCAUCAUUAUUUUGUGUCGCGUAGUACCAGAUGGGCAGUCAGUGAGCGGCGCAGGGAUGUGAACGGACGGUUUUAUAAUGUGAAAAUUUUCCCUUGGUAAAGCUAAAACAGAUUUAAUUUCCCUCUCUUUUCUUUCACUACUUCCCCCUCUUUAUUCCCCCUCUGUCUGCAAUAUCAGUGAACUCAACUUUGCAGUGAGGUGGCCAAAAAGAGAGAGAAUGAGGAGAUCUUGAUCAUCUUAGUGUCGGAGGAGUCGCAGCGGACUGGGAACUGCAGCUGCGACCCCCCACGUCCUGUGCGGAUUUCAGGGCUGAUACCGCGUAGGCGGUUAUGGAAAGGACGGUACACCGGAGCGGCGGAGGAUAGAGACCCUGGCCCCCGGAGGGGUCUGCUGAUUUCGCAGCAGCCUUCGAAGCCGUGGCUGCCUCUCAUCUGCUGCGUUUUAUUACUAUUAUCGCCGUUCCGGAAAAGUCAUGGAAGACAGCCCGCUGCCAGACCUCAGAGACAUCGAGCUGAAGCUGGGGCGCAAAGUACCCGAGAGUCUAGUGCGCUCUCUCCGUGGGGAGGAGCCGGUUCCCAGGGAAAGGGACAGGGACCCCUGCGGGGGGAGCGGUGGUGGUGGUGGCGGCGGCGGCGGCUGCAGUAGCAGCAGCAGCUACUGCAGCUUCCCUCCCUCCUUGUCGUCCUCCUCUUCGUCCUCCCCAACCUCUGGCUCCCCACGAGGUAGCCACUCUAGCGCCCUGGAGAGGCUAGAAACCAAGCUUCACCUCCUCAGGCAAGAGAUGGUUAACCUCAGAGCCACAGACGUCAGGCUCAUGCGCCAGUUGCUUGUAAUCAAUGAGAGCAUCGAGUCCAUCAAGUGGAUGAUCGAAGAAAAAGCCACCAUUACCAGCAGAGGCAGCAGCCUCAGUGGCAGCCUGUGCAGUCUGUUGGAGAGUCAGAGCACCUCCUUACGUGGCAGCUACAACAGCCUACACGAUGGCAGUGAUGGGCUGGAUGGCAUUUCCGUGGGAAGUUAUCUGGACACGUUGGCAGAUGAUGUCCCAGGCCAUCAGACCCCUUCAGACUUGGACCAAUUCAGUGACAGCUCCCUAAUAGAGGACUCACAGGCACUACACAAGCGUCCUAAAUUGGAUUCUGAAUACUACUGCUUUGGCUAGUGACACAGUUUUUUGCAUGGGACUGGUGUGCAAUUAACUUGUAUUUAUCCUUCUUCUCCGCUGCUAUAUUUUUGGUGUGAUUUUUAUUUUAAUAAGAUGACCUUUUUAAAAGAAGCUGAUUUUGAAACUGCUUAAUGGUAUUUCUGUUGCUCCUAAUACUUCUCAUCUGAACUGAUUUAUUUUUCUCUGUUACAUCUCUAUUUUUUAUUUAUUACAAUGAUUUUCUCCCUUCUUUUACAGUAGCACAAACAAAGUAGGGGGAAAAGAAUAAGCAAUAAUUAUGUUUUUGCUUUUGUUUUCAGAACGAUGGGUCAGGGAUUACAAGAAAAACUUUGCUAAAUUUUACAAUAAACCAAAGUCUGAUAACAGUUAAUGUUGCUGCUUGUGUUCUUAAAUGACUUAAGGUUUCAUCUUCCAGAAGAUAUUGAGAUAUAUUACUGUUUGCAGAUAAAUAUCCCAAUAGCCUACUAUCAGCAGCCUUCUACUGCUUCCCUAAAGCAGAACUGUUAUUCAUUUAAGAAGUCUAAUAUGAUAUACAUUCAUCCUAGUAUAAAUAAAUAAUCUCUAAGUGUUCUGAAAUGGAAUAUUUAACGCACAUAGACAGUGGAUAUUUAGUUUAAAUAUAAUGUUAUUAAUCCUCUGCAUUUCUUUUAUCUUGAUAACUCCCAGUGAGGGAAUCUAAUUAAGAUUUCAUGCUGUUCUUUGUAACGAUAAAUGUUUCUGGACUAAACACUCUAUAAUACAAAUCAAAAAAUCUUCCUUCUUAUAACUGAGAAAUGUUUCACCCAAAUUUCCUUUGUUAUUAUAUAUUUACUACACAUGUUGAAUUUAUUAUUGUUUAUUUCCAAGGCAUGUAUUAUUCAAUUUCUAAUUAAAAUAUAUCAGGGCUUA